AGCUGAAUGCGUGUACAUUUUCGUUGUGUUUAGUUCAUUUAUGAGAGAUGUGGCAACACUGCACCACGGCAGAAGGCAGAAAAACUGUUGACGAAGUACCUAUUGCUGUUGAUCUUUUAAUUUUCGAUAGGUUCACAAUCCCAUAAAAUUAAUUUUUAGAAGUAAAUUGUUGCUUUGGAAAUAUAUUUUCGAGACCGCCGGAAAUAAACUUUCGUCACAUUCCCAACCUGAGCCAUUGAUAUUUGUAAAAAAAUGGCACAGUGGAUAGGAUAUUUGGUCUCGAUAAAGUGUGCGGAUGGAUUGGGAACCUACCAGGGGGAAAUUAAGUCCGCAACGCAUUCCGCUAUUGUUUUGACGAAGGCUUUUUGUAACGGAUUUCCCUGCGAAGAGCCCGAAUUACAGAUAAACGCCUGCGAUAUAGUUGACUUAAAAUUGAUUGACAAGACGCCUUCUAAUAAGGUAGAAGAAACUAGCACCAUUACAAUAGCCAAACCUAUACCAAAAAGGGCCGGUAGAGCUCAGAGUACCUCUGAGCCCAGUACUUCUAAGCAGAUGAACGGAUCUUAUGGUAGUAAGUCCAAACCCAUUGAUAUUGCCUGUUUCAAGCAGUUUAAUGAUAGUCUGCCAAACUCCUACAAUAAAAAUUAUACCCCCAACAACAAUAAGAGAGACAAAAACAAGGGUAAAUGGUCGAGAAGCUGGAAAGAUGAGGAAUGUUUUGGAUCGCCACUGGACCAUAAAAUAAGCAAGGAUUUUGAUUUUGAGAAAAAUUUAGCUCUGUUUGAUAAACAAGCCAUAUGGGACGAAUUAAAUUCUCAGAGACCCGACAUCGUUAAAAAUACAGAUAAUAAAAAAAAUGGCAAAUACAGGCACGACGAAAACGUCAUAGCGACGAUACCAACUUCGUUUCGACAAAUCACAGUACCAAAACAGGACUUCUGCGAAUACGUCACAGACGAUGGUCUUAUCAUACCCAGUAUAUCACGCACGUUGCGCAAAAAAUUGUUUGAGGUGGCGGACAGAGUGGGCCUCACGUGGGACAAGCGGAUCGAGUUGAUGGGCAGGGCCGCGACUGAGAUCUCGAUCCAGUUGUUGGGAGGCGGCCACAGGCUCAAUCCCCACAACACCCAUCAGUGGCCUACCGUGGUCGUGCUGUGUGGUCCGCACAAGGCGGGCGCUGUAGGCCUAAAUACAGCUCGACAGCUGGCUUCCCACGGGGUCCGAUUGGUGGUCUACUGCGUGACGAUGGACGCUACACCCCUAAAGCGUGAGCUGACUUUGUAUUCAUUGACUCACAACAGGAUCCUGAGCAACGUGUCAGAUCUGCCAUCUACCUGCGACCUGGUGAUCUGCGCGUUGUGCGAGGACAUCGAGAAUCCGAAGCACUACCCCUUACUAGCCGAAUGGGUGAACAAGAAUAAGGCGCCUGUGUUGGCGUUGGAUCCACCCACCAGCGGUACCCCAGGCGUUUUUCCCAAGUUUUCCCUUUUACCGGUGUUGCCUCUGCCUCACUCUCCCUGUAACGGAAAAUUGUACCUUUGCAACCUGGGAUUCCCGGUCGAUAUAUUCAACGAGGUUGGUAUUAAGUACAAGUCACCGUUCGGGCCCAAGUUCGUGAUACCUUUGCAUCCACGGGACGAGUGAAUCGAUUCCAAACAAUUGGAAACAGCGAAAUAAUAGAAACAAAAAGAAAUUAACGAUCGGAGCGCGUGACAAUUUUAUAAGGUUGUAUUUGGAUCGGUUUCUAACCUCAAAGUGUUGGUGACAAAACGGGCGGGUCGAUGAUAUUGCCAAACUGUGCAAAAUCAUGCCCGGAUUUUUUUUUCUUUUUAAAACGAUUUACACGAUAUUUUUGUACGGAAAAUUGAAUAAAGCUGUUUUCAA